CUAGUGUAAGUAGAUUAUGAUACGGUUAUAGUUAUGGUUAUUUUAGUCUCAAGUCUAAGUCUAGCUUACCAAGUUCUUAAAACCAUGGAUGGAUAUCACGUGGCUGGCGUAUUCCAACAUCUUAACUAGUACUCCGUUACUUCAUCUCCAUUCAAAUUACAUAGAUACAAUCUAUCUAUCUAUCACCACCUUUAUAAUAUAUCAAUAAUCCAUACCCACAACUCCUUCACUCCUACAAGAGAUAAUACUAUAUCAACAAUGACAGAAUACACAACCACCCGCCCUACAAAAUCUCUCCUCAUUCCUAAGAAACGUCCCCUCAAGAGCCCAUCCACCAAGUUAUCCAAGAACUAUUCUACGGAGAAAUACACACCAACCCUGCAUCUCAUAUCUUCAUCUUCAUCUACAGAACAAAACCCUAAGCCCAAAUCUACAGAUAAGGAUAAGGAUAAGGGAGCGAGAGCUACUACAACAACAGAGUUUAAUUUCUCUCUCCCGCCGCAGCCAUUUCUUGAUCCGGGAUGUUGGGAGAGGAUUCGUUCAGUAUCUUCUUCGAGGUUAGGUGGUGAGGGUGGAAGUGGGAGUGGACCUGGAAGUGGAAGUGUCAUGCAGUUAAAUGAGAGGGAGAAAGAGGAAGAGAGAAGACGGAGGAGGGCGAGGGAGGCGGAGUAUGGGGGGAUGGCUGUUCGGGGGAGGAUUAAAUGAUUCAUCUUUCUCUCUUUCAAGUUUUUUUUUCUUGUCUUUUCGUUGUAAAUCGGUUUUCUAUAGUGUAUGGAGUUGUGG